AUGAAUAGCUACCUCGUUGCAAUCCCAUUGGUGUCGCUGCUCCUCCUCAAAGCAGUCUUGACCCUCUUUUGGCAUUUGCGCUCAAGUCUGAGGUCCGUUCAAGGCCCUAGUGCCGCUCGAUGGACACUCGGUUGGUAUACCUGGAAAGUUUGGCAAGGUGCUUUUGAGCAUGUUAACCGUGACUUACACAAGAAAUACGGCUCUGUCGUUCGCUAUGCACCUAAUAGCUACAGCUUCAGUGACCUCGAGGCAGUCAAAGUCAUUUACGGUCUGGGUACUUCGUUCCCAAAGUCCCCAUGGUACAUACCUUGGGGCAAUCCUGGAGAUAACAAUCUUUUCAACGAGAGGUCCUUGGCCAAGCAUGCACACGAUCGAAAGCAAUAUCAGUCCACUUACUCCAUGUCUUCCUUGGUCAACUACGAAGCAUUUGUUGACGAGUGUGCUGAGCUGUUGAAGAGACGCCUGUCAGAACUCUGUGCGGCAGGCCAAGCUGUCGACAUGCAUCAUUGGUUCCAAUGUUAUGCUUUCGACGUGAUUGGUAUGAUCACAUAUGGAAAGCGUCUGGGCUUCCUCGAUAAAGGAGAGGACGUGGGAAAUGUCAUCCACGCCUUGGGAGAGAUACUUAGUUAUUCAACAUUGGUUGGAAUCGUUUUUCCUACCCUCCACAACAUCUUUGUUCCGAUUAUGAACUUUCUUGCAGGGAGUAAAGGACAAGGAGGAGCUUAUGUCACGGCAUUCACAAAGGCGAGAAUCAGUGAAGCGCAGUCAAAUCCCAAGGCUGUGAUCCUGGACGACAGCGACACUACAACCCAGUCUUUUCUUAUGAAGUUCCUGGCCAAGAAUACUUCAAAGCCAGACGCUUUCACCUCGUCUCAUGUCAUAACCGGAUGUGUUAUUAACAUGAUCGCGGGAUCUGACACAACUAGCAUUAGCCUCUCAGCUGUGUUGUACUAUCUUCUCAAGAACCCCUCAUGCAUGGACAAGCUACGAGAAGAAGUUGACACGUUCACUGCCAAUGACCAGUUAUCGACUUAUGUCACUUAUAAAGAGAGCCAGGCAAUGCCAUACCUGCAGGCGGUCAUUAAGGAAGCCUUGCGGUUACAUCCAGCCACCGGACUACCCCUUGAGCGUGUAGUGCCCAAAGGUGGCGCUACCAUUUCAGGUCGUUUCUUCCCGGAGGGGACUAUCGUCGGAAUCAAUACCUGGGUUGCGCACACGGACCGCAGCAUCUUUGGACGGGAUGCAGAUUCAUUUUCGCCCGAGAGAUGGCUGCAAGAUAGUGAUGAGCGUUUAGCUUUGAUGAACCGCUUCUGGAUGCCUUUUGGUCUUGGCUCUCGCACCUGCAUCGGCCGGCAUAUUUCCAUGCUUGAAAUGUGCAAACUCGUCCCUGCUUUGGUUCGAGACUUUGAGUUUGCUUUGCAUGAUAAUCUACUCCAAAAUGAAUGGAAAACACUGAAUUACUGGUUUGUAAAGCCGCUUGAUUUCAACGUCUGGGUAAAACCAAGGACGAGUGCAGGGUAA